AUGAACGAGUUGACACAAUUGAAGGACGAGUUACGGGCGACCAAACUUCAGCUCUACGACAGGGAUCAGCAGCUGUUGAAACUGCACCGCGAGAUACACAAAAUGAAGAGUGUGUUGGAACAGACAUCGAUGGCCAUCAAAAACUCGGCCAAAUCGUCGAUCGGGUCUGUGGUCACAGCCGUAGGACCCGCCGCCGGACCCACGAAGAAGUGCGGCGUCAGUGGCGAGUGUUUGUCGGCGUCCGCUUCGGUGGCCGCCGUCCAGAAGGUGUCCAAAGAUAAUCGAUCCAAACAACUGAUUAAAGAGGCACUUCUGGACAACUCAUUCCUCCGCCACUUUCUGGACACACAUCAACUCAAACUCAUUGUCGACGCCAUGUAUGAGAAGGAGUUCUCCAGGAAUUGUCUCAUUUGCAAACAGGGAACCUAUGGAUCGCAUCUCUAUGUUAUAGCUUAUGGCCAUUGCGAGAUCAUUGACAAUAAAAACACCCUGGUCAAUCAGCUGGGACCGGGAAAGGCAAAGUGUGCAUGGUGCUGCGGCCUUUGGAGAAUUGGCAUUGCUAUACAACUGUACGCGUACGGCGACUGUGAAAGCCCUAAUUUCACGCACAGUUCUUCGCGGGCCUUGUGUUCCGCCUCUUCCUUCUUCUUCUUCUCGUCCCUCUCAGCCUUCUUCUGGCUCUUCUUCAUCUGUUCCGACACUAUUGGCAUUGUUUUGGUCACAAUAAUCAGCAAGUGCAGCUGUGCUGUGCGUGUAGUAAAAUCCGAUGGUUGGCUAAAGUUUCCAAAAAAGAUUUGGUUAAUUUUGACCACUAGUGGCCAUUGCAGCCGCACCGUAAAUAGCGUUAAAGUGAAUGCAUCGGUUGGUUCGGGGACCCGCUAG